UCCAGCACCCCAGACACCACCAAGGAUUACCAAAUCACCCGAGGGAAUACACACCUAUCGCAAACCAUGUUCCUGCAACGAGUGCUCGUGAGCUGCCUGAUCCUGGUGGCCGCCACCCAAGCCCGUCCUCAGUACGGCUACGAACAGCCCACCGCCGACCUCUUCCUCGGCGGCAGCGGCUCCUCCUCGCCCGCGGGCAAUGUGGGCCUCAUUGGCGGUUCCAGCAAUGGCCUGGUCAGCAUCCAGCCGCACCGCGGCGGUGACAAGUACCUGCCCCCCGCCAGCACCACCCAGGCUCCCAUCAUCAACAAGAAGUUCUACCUGGUCUCCGCACCCGAGGACCACAGCAACGAUGGCAAGGUGAAGCAUCUGGUGCUGGGACGCCCGCAGAAGAACUACCGGGUGGUGUUCAUCAAGGCGCCCGCCGGCGAUAAUGCCAAUGUCAAGUACUCUGCGGAGUUUGCCCCGCAGGAGGAGAAGACCGUGAUCUAUGUGCUGAGCAAGAAGGACAACGAUGUGGACGCCAGCGACAUUGCCACGCCGGCGCCCACUCAGCCCAGCAAGCCGGAGGUGUUCUUCAUCAAGUACAAGACCGACGACGAGGCCAAGCAGGCGCAGCAGGAGAUCCAGGGCCAGUACGACAAGCUGGGCGGCACCAACGAGUACCAGGAGGACAACAACGCGCCCAUCACCUCGGUCAUCGGCAGUCUGGAUGGCCUCAAUCCCGAUGGCAGCUACAACUACCGCCAGAUCGCCAACCGCCCGGCGGCCGUCCAGGCGCCCAACGCCCAGUACCUGCCCAGUCUGCUGAAGCACUAGAGGAUUAGCCCCUGCUGCACUGCAUCACCAGAUCACCCAGAUCACCCAGAUCACCCAGAUCACACCCAAAUCAUCCUCGAACCCCGUUGUGUUGCGUAUUUUUAAGUAUCCCCUUAAUAUUUUUUUUACUAUUUUUUUGUUGUUAUACCGAACUGUUAAUAAAAAGCUUAUAUUAAAACCAAAAUAUGAA